GAAAAUGAUGUGAUUACUGUACUGUUAAGUGACAGAUUUAAAUCCUACGUUACAUUUUGUAACAAGGAUAUUCGUGCAGUUUUUUUAUGGAUAUAGAUUUUUUAAACUGGUUUUAUUGCGCGGUAAUUUUUGGCUACGGAAUUUAAAAUUCGAAAUUAAAGUACUUUGUCGUGCUUUUUAUUUCUGUCGACUAGGUAGUCAACGUAGGUGCACUAAUUAGUGCACCUACGUUAUGUGUGAAAUAACUCACACAUGUAUUAAUUAGUUAUGCGGUGUGAUCCACACACUAAAUCGGUCCUAAUUCAAGUUAAUCACAUAAGCUUAUUGUAGCAGUUGAUUUAGAUUUUUGCCUUAAAGUAUCACAUUAAUGUGAUAUUUUAAGACAUUUUAAACCGAAUUCAAACGUUUGACUUCGGUUUAAAAUUUUUUGUAAUCAUUACUAUAGUUUUAGGCUGCCAUGGGUAUUAAAAUGUGUCUUGUUACGCCGGUCAUUGAUGUGUUAGGUUUCAAGCUAAUGACACAACCUGUAUCUUGAAAUACGAGGUUUAUUGUCGCCAGAUUCGUCAGUGCUUAAUCCAUAGGUUAUUGAAAAAACGUGUUCCAGAUACUUAAGCGUUGUAUUUCAUGGUUUUUUCUCACCCUGGCAACUGCAUCUUUUUUCGCUAUGGGUAUAUCCCCAGAUUCUUGUGACAAGUGUUGCACCUGGAAACCUUUUCACGAAUAUGUCCUACAGUAAAGUAGACGACUAUUUCAUCUUGUAAGUCUCCAAUGUCGUUUUCUAAUCACAGACCGCUUUAUAAUUUAGACAACCGAUCUCUAGCCAGACAAGAUGCUCCUUGAAUACGCUUUUGUGUUGUAAAUUUACACUAGCGCACAUGUGCAUGAAGAUCAAUACAUUUACAUAUGAAUCUAUUGACAGAUCUACAAAACACUUAGUCGAGACUAAUUCAUGGACGAGCCAUUCAGAAGCGUUUUAGAGACUUUAAGGUUACGGCGCCAUUUUCAGUACUUAAUGCUAACGUACGAUCGAUUCACAAGAAAUUUUGUGAUAAUUGAGCGGCUAUAACAAAUAAAACGGUGAGAAUAUAAUUUGUGGACAAAUCAGUCAAGUAUAAGAUAACAGAUCUCGGAUUUUAACGUAAAAGCUUUUCGCCCAUUUGGCUAAAUAAAUUUAAGGCAUCACAGCUGGUGUCAGUUCGUGAUGAAAACUCCAUAUAUAAUUCCUAAGGCAAAUUAUGACAAAUAUUGAAAACUGGAUAAUAAAAGCACCAGUAACACUGGCUGCAGCCAGGUACUACAACAUAUACGGAUGUUUGUAGAGCGUACAGACUGCCACAUAUGCUUGAUUACGUGCAUCGUGUCGUUGUCCACAAGUAGCAUUUUGUGUACUCAACAACCGGAGUGCACAUAAACAAUAUUGAAACUAUGUGGUUUUCUCAACUGAUUUUUUCAGUGUUGGAAUUCACCUGGUCAUUAACCUCGAGCUUUACAGACGACUAGUAAUUCUUUAGUGUGUGUAUUACUCUCAUUCUACAUUCGCUAAAUCCCCAUCGCUACACAAUUUCAGGCGGGAUUUAAAGUUUAUGGAAGUUUCUGAGUCGCAUCAGCAUAGAAGAAAUGUAUUCAGUCGCAGACAUUGACUUAAUUGAAGAUCGUUAUUAUAGAGAUUUACCAAGCUCUAAACACAAUUUAUCUUUUGCUGGCUGCGGCUUUCUCGGAUUGUAUCAUAUAGGUGUUUGUUGCUGUAUUAAACGUUUCGCACCCCAUCUAUAUAAAAACAAACCAGUAUCUGGAACUAGUGCUGGUGCAUUAGCUGCAGCUUGUUUAGUGUGUGAUGUGGAUAUGGAUGUAUGUGUCCGGCAUAUUUGUAAACUUAUUGAAAAUACGAGACGGUUUACACUUGGUCCAUUUGAUCCACGAUAUAAAAUAAGCGAAUAUUUAAAAGAUGGCUUGUCUCAGUUAUUACCACCAGAUGCUCAUGUUUUAUGCUCUGAUCGUCUUUCGAUAUCGUUAACAUGCUUCACCACGCGAAAGAACAUAAUCGUCCGAAAGUAUAAAAAUAGGGAUGAGGUAAUUCAAGCUCUGCUGUGUUCUGCGUAUAUUCCUAUUUUUAGCGGGUUUGUUCCUUUAACGUUUAGAGGUCAGCUUGUGGUCGAUGGCGGUUUAUCAAACAAUUUACUUAGCAUAAACCAACAAACUAUUAAAGUUAGUCCAUUCGCUGGUGAUUCAGAUAUAUGUCCAUUGGAAUCAAAAUGGGGCCCACAGUAUCAUAGAGCUCAGCCACAAAAGUACGAAGAUGUAUUAGGUUCAAUCUCAUUGCUGAAUCUUUCAAUGAGUUUCAACUUGACAAAUAUUAAACGUUUAGUGGGAAUGGUGUGGCCAAUGUCUCCUGAUCAGUUGGUUAACUUAGCCAACCAAGGUUAUGAUGAUGCAUUACGGUUUUUAAUUACACGUGGUUUUAUUGCUUGUCGUAUACAUCAAACUCCAAGAGAAUUUUCAAAUAUUUCUCGAGUGAAAUCAAGAAACUCUCCUCGGAUUCGUCGGUUGCAUAGUUGUGAUUCACUUGUAUCCAGUAAAAUACACAAUGAUUCAGAUCGUAAUCAAAAUCGCUCCUCUGAAGCAAGUUCAGUUGUUCAAACGGUCAGAUCGUCUAAAUGUAUCGGUUCUGCACCAAAAAAAUCAAUUCAUGGUUCUGGGAUCGGUUUAAAUGUAGCUCACUGCCGUGCAUGUCGAAAUGAAUUGUAUAAGGCGAUUAACUCUUCGUUUCCUUCUUCAUUAAAUUCACUGAUCAGAGAUGGCACAAAAAUUUCACAAUCAUAUUUAAAUUGUGCUCAAAGUCAUCUUUGGGUGUAUGGAUCAUCUUUGUGCUCAUUUAGUUUUAAAUUGUUUGGGUUUCCUCUCAGGUUACAAAUCAAAUUUCUAAUAUAUGUUAUUUCCAGAUGUGUAGGGGCUUUGGAACAGUCCCAUAUUGGUACUUAUCACUUACUCGGUUUAUUGGAUCUUUUAAAAGAGUCACAGUGGUAUCUUGAAACAAUGAACGAAACAGAACAAACCUCGACUAAUACACUAAAUAAAUCAAUUGGUAAAACGAUAUCAAUGUCCUUAGAUUCAUAUGCUAGGAAGAAAUGUCAUCGAUUUUCUACAAACAGUUAUCCAGUUAUUUCAAUGAUAAAUUCAAUUUUUUCGAAGGGAGCUGAUAGUUUGAGUGGUUUGAUUUUACGAUUAAAUUCGUUUGAAUUACCAACAGCCAGGGACUGUGGAUUAGAAUUACUUUCUUACUCAUUACAAAAGUUUAGGGAAUGGUACAUUUUUGUAAGCGAGGUUGCUAAUAUGUGAUUCCAAAUUUAAUUCUUAACGACCUGAAGUGUAUUGUAAACAUUUCAUCGUCAAUAAGCAAAGAUGGAUUGUGGCUAGCGGUGGAAUUGAGGACGCGCGUCUCGUACUAUUUGGGACUCAUCGACUGAAUGUACCUACAUCCCUCAGUGUUUAGUUAAUAUUAUCAGUUGUUUUUCAUGAUAUGGCUUCUUACUUUUUGUGAUUGUAUCUAUCGGGUUAUAUUGGUCUUUAGUUUUCUAUCAGUGGGUUGCGGGUUCGAAUCGCCUACUUGUAAGAACUAUUCAAGUAUGGUGUUAAUACACUGAUGAGAUUAUCACUCCCUUCGGGUCCGCUGACUUUUGGAUACAGGUCUUUGACAAAUAAUGCUUUUGAAUCAGCGUUUACUUUUAUAUGUCAUGUGAACCGAUAACAGCACGUUAUUGUGUGUAAAGGAUUUUUAUUAUUGCCCUCUAUUCUAGAGUCUGUCAAUGAUUUACUGACAGUGACUUUGUAAAACAGAAUUUUCAACUCAGUUGUUUCCGCCUUUUUAAUUCAUUUGUGCAAGUAUUAUUUUACCUCACGAUGCCUUUCGAAAUUGAUUUUUAUAUUGAUAUUUAUUUCCACAAAGUAUUGAUUAACAAAUAAUCUUGGUACAUCAUGGUACUUUUUAAUUUCAAGGUAUAAGACUACUGCCGGUUCACUCAAAAAUGAUUUAUUGACAUAAUUUAUAAUAAGUCAUUUUAAGAUGUUUUGUUAAGUUGACUUGUACAAGUCUAAGCUUUUUUACUACUUUGUACGAUUUCAAGUGUCAUUCUUUUGAUAAACUGAUUAUUAGUUUUCUCUCGCCCUUAUAAUACAAAGAAAUCACUUAGUUUAUCGUUUUACUUUUGUGCCCAGAAUAUCGCUAAUCCGUCUUUGCUACAUAUGAAUGAUCUUGAGUCAGAUAUCAGUCAGGCAGAUCGUGGAUGUAAAACAGAAAACGACGACAGUGGAUUUUGUUAUACACCAAAUAUUGACUCCAGCACACCUUAUUCAGAAUUUUAAAUAUGAGGAAGUGUUAUCGAUCAUUUCGUUUCAACUAGUCAUAAUUUUUUUUAUUUCGAAUUCUAACUGACCCGUUAUCCUUAUUUUUUCAAGUGAUUUUGAUCCAUAUAUUUUUCUAUUUGUUUCUUCAUUUUUUUUGGCUAUAAAUGAUUUAAACUAAGCAUAAGUUUUUGAUUUCGUUAGUUAAUAACAAAAUUAUAUUCUUUUUAAACAUCUAGCAGUUUGAAUUAUCCCACAAAAUACGAUCCAACUGUUUAUGCAGUAAAGUUUUGUUAUAUGACAUAUUUUGGACAUUUUAUAAAACCUAUUGUUGCGCAUUAAUUGGUACCUAUUAAAUAUAUAGGGAAUUUCGAAGGCAUUUUGUUAGUCAUUUCUCAUAGAUUAUUUUAAAUACCGUUAUAAUCUUAAGUUUCUAGUCUGUUUAGAUUGUCAUGUUUGCUAAAAAUCUUAAUCUGUUAAGUGCCAUAGUUUUGCACCACAAUAUACAGUUGCAACUUC